AAUAACAGUUGUUCAGACUUUACCAAAGAGCCUUACUGCAUGACGGCUUCGUCUAUGGGAAGUUCGCUUAGAAUAGCAGAAGUUGGCGGCGUCAGCAACCUGUUUCCUACCCCGCAAAAAAAUAAAUAUUACAAUUUAAAAGAAUUGGCAGAGACGUGCGAAUUAAGCGAUGGGUUUAUAUUUGGACCCGGAGGUGGCCCGCGUCACAUCAUUGGCACGAAUUGUGAAAUGGUGGCCGAUGCAUGCUUCGAAAAAGGCAAAGAAAAGGUAGCAGUUAAAAUGGGCGUUGUUACAACUAAAGUUCCUCAAGGCCAUGAGAUGAUUACCACCGAAAAGCCAGAAUUUUGCUUAAUGGCCAACUUAGGGGUUUGCAAGGGCAGUAUACCAACAAGCGUAUUAAAAAUCAAGGCACGAAAGCGACUUGGCGAUCUCAAUUUUCCAGAAGCAGUCAGGCGCGCAAUUGCUACUCAUUAUAAAGAUCAGCUUGUCUCCUGUGCCGGGAUCUUUUUGUUGAAGGGGAGUAAAGCUAGGAUACACGUCAUGCCGGACUUCCCCUCGGGAUCGUUUGCUUCAGCUGAGGAGAUGGAAAAAUGGCUAAAGAUUUUUGAAAUUGAUGGACCAAUUGUAGCCGCGUCUGUGAUUCAUUCGAAAAGUGUCGAUAACUAUAAGCUUCGUCUCGAACAUACUCAUUGUUAUAAUAAGCAUGAGGCAGGGCAUUAUUACUGUGACACAGAUCCGGAAAGUGUGGAAUAUGAGGGCUACUUUGCUGUUGCCAGUGCAGUUUACAGGAUCGAUCUGGCCUAG